CGCAGCCCAAGAUAAGCGGCCAGGUGAGCCUACCCGCGCCGCAGGAGGGGCGCGGGGCGGCGCGGAGCCGACGGGACGCGCGGAGGUCUGGCGGCAUGUCAGUUAGCAGGAAGAGCUGGGACGCUCUGUCCAGCCUCACCCGGCAGUCGACCCUGGAGGAUGAGGAGGAACAGGAGCGAGAACACCAGUGGCAACACCAGAACCUGAGCUUCACCACAGACGACAAGGACCCACCGGACCCCAAGAGCACCAGCGUAAGGCUCCCAGCCAGCUCAGUCAAAUUAGGCCCAAAGCUGGAGCAAUAUCUCUCAGCCAUACAGAGAUCAGAGUCCGUCAAGGGUGCAAACCCAUCCCACACUGAGUUCCUUGAGGCUCCCGUGGAUGUUGCCAGCAAGCGCCACCUCUUUGAGAAAGAGCUGGUGGGCCAGAACCGAGAGGGUCCAGCUGCCAGCUGCAAGGAGAACUUGCAGCUCUCAGGGGUGGUGAAGUCGCGGCUCAACCUGUGGAUCAGCAGGAUCCAGGAGUCAACACAGCAGGGCCCACAGAACCAGGAGACACAUAGGGAAUUGGCAGCUGGCAGAAAGCCCCAGUGGAGGAAGAAGCCAGAGGCCCCACUGGGUGCCGAGAAGAUCUCUGUGCUGGAGGAGAGAGCUGUCUCAGGAAAGAGGGAAGUUCCAGACAAAGCCAGCGACUCGGAGAAGAGACUGGUGUCUGAGAAAGCCACCGUCUUCGAGAAGACCCCAGUCCCCGAGAUACUGCCAGCCCCAGGCAGGGCCAUGGCCCCAUUGAGGCCCCAGGACUGGGAGCAUUCAGCCUCAGCAGAGUGCCCAUCCAGCCCCAGGGAGCAGCGGGGCACUGGGCCUGAGAAGGAGCCUGAGUCUUCAGCGGGGCCUCUGCCCCGGGAUGGCGGCCUCCCACCUGUCACUCUGCAGGUGAGGACUCGCAGCACGGAGGCUGAGGCCAAGGCCCCCUCGCCGACACGGGCCUUGCCCACCUUCAGCAGCACCCUGCAAUGCUCCAGCCCCCGCACCAUCCCCAGGAUGAGGCCCCCUAAAGACAGCUCAGAGGUGGCCUUAACUCACAGCACCAGCAGGAGGCUCCCAGCCAGCUCGGUCAAAUUAGGCCCGAAGCUGGAGCAAUACCUCUUGGCCAUACAGAGAUCAGAGUCUGUCAAGUGUGCAAACCCAUUCCGCACUGACUUCCUCCGGGCUCCUGUGGAUGUCACCAGCAUGCACCACCUCUUCGAGAAGGAGCUGGUGGGCCAGAGCCGAGAGGGUCCAGCUGCCAGCUGCAAGGAGAACUUGCAGCUCUCAGGGGUGGUGAAGUCGCGGCUCAACCUGUGGAUCAGCAGGACCCAGGAGUCAACACAGCAGGGCCCACAGAACCAGGAGAUGCAGAGGGAGUCGGCAGCUGGCAGGAGGCCCCAGUGGAGGAAGAAGCCAGAGCCCCUGCUGGGUCCCGAGGUGUGAGGAGCCAGUCCCAGGCCAGCAGCCAUGCUGGUCGCCUCUCCCACUCGCUUUCCACACUGGAUAUGGGAGGACGCUGGCCAGCAUCCUCCCCACCCCUCUGGGGCAGGCAUGCCCCGUGGCUUGGCUGGCAUCUUUCCCACACCCCUGUUGGGGCAGGCAUGCCCCGUGCCUUGUUCAGAUGCGGGCACUGCACAUCUGCACAGAGCCUCACCACCCUGUCCACGCGGAUUCCUGCUCUUCCUCCUCCUCCUCCAUCCAGUGGCACCAGUGUCUCUGUGUACCUCUCCCAGGCUGGCCCCCACCAUCCUUGUGCCACCUGCCAGGUUGGAGGAGCCAUGCUGACCCCUCCCGGGCCCUGCCUUGCUCCCCUUCACGCCCCACCUGCUGCCCUGGCCAAGCCAUCCUGUGCCCCCUCCCCACACUCAAGAAAGAGCAGAUAAACUCAUUCACUCUCAGGUGUGACCAAUAAUAGCUUUAAAAUCA